AUGGACUACGAGACGGAAGAUGUUGGCGACCCUGUCUUCCUCCUCUCCCUAGGAGGCACAAGUACCGGAGGCCUAAUGGCCAUUAUGCUUGGCCGCCUACGCAUGAACACUCAGGAAGUGAUAGACGAGUAUGAAAAGUUGGCGAAAAAGGUGUUUAAGAAGAAAAACAGGCGAUUCGACCGAAGCUUUCGAGAGAGCGCUCUUGAGGCAUGCAUCAAGGAGACCGUCGACGCUCAUCAGCGCGGAACCCACAUGCUAGACCUUGAAAAUGAAAAGGAGACGGGAUCAGCCUUUGUGGUUGCUAUGCGUAAGGGCGGAGAUGAAAACACCCCAACUCUUUUCCGCACCUACAAGGGCCCUGGCGAAGUGAUGGACUGUCAGAUAUGGGAGGCAGCGAGGGCGACCACGGCAGCGCCAAUUAUUUUCAAACCCGCCAAGCUCGGGUCCGGGAAUCAUGUGCAGACCUUUAUCGACGGCGCCGUCAAGUGGAACAAUCCUUCGAAGAUUGUGCUCAACGAAGCCAAGUCGCACUUCGGUGAGGAAAGACCGUUGGGCUGUCUUAUUAGUCUGGGGACGGGACAGAGACCGCCGUCUCUCGACCCGGGAUCGAAGGGCCGUCUCGGGAUGACCUACAGCAUUGGCGAGAUUACGCGAAUGACGGCAGACUUCCUCACCGACCCCGAGGGUCCGCAUGUCGAAUUAAUGCGGCAGUUCAAAGACUGUCCCGACUCCUAUUAUCGGUUCUCUCUACCCCGUUCCCAAGAACUGGGGAGGAUCAGGAUCCACGAGUACAAGAAGAUGCAUGCACUAAGGCAGGCGACAGAGGAGUACCUCAGCAUUCCCUAUGUCUCCAUAGCAAUCGACAAAGUUGUCGAGGCAUUGAAGAAUAAGUACAAGCAUCAGAUCCCUCUCAAAGCAGCCUGUGAUCGGAAAGUGUCUAGUUCACUAUUUACUGGUCGCGAGGAUAUUCUUGAGGAAAUGGAUAAGUUCUUCCAUCCUCGUGACCCAGCAUCUUCUCCAAGGAGAGACUUCUGGCUUUGGGGAAUCGGCGGUGUUGGCAAGACACAAAUCGCCCUCCGCUUCAUAGGCCAGUUCGAGAAUCGCCGAAACCGUGGCUUGCCUCCCAAAGGGCCAUGUAUAGCCGAGGCCAAUGUCUUAGAGAUGAAUGUCAAUGAUUCUAUCAAGCUCUUGAUUCGAUCCGCCCAUCUUGACUACGGGUCCGAGGAAGUUCGUACCGAGGCGGAAAGACUCGUUCUCGAACUCGGAUCUCUUCCUCUCGCUUUGGACCAGGCCGGGGCUUACAUUGGUAACCAAGGUUGUUCUAUUGCAGAAUACCAGGCAAAGCUACGGGUCAGUAAGAAAGAGUUGUUUAACAGUCCUCUCUACCGCGGUGCCGUCUUCAGUAAUAAGGGCGUCUAUGCCUCGUUCGAGACCACCAUCGAACAUUUCGUGGCCAUGUCUCGCAGCAACACGCCACUUGCUUCAGCGUUCCGAUGCGCUCUUCAAUUUCUCAAUACCUUCUGUUUUUACCACAGUGAAGGUAUGUUUAUGGAUAUCCUUCACCUCGCUUCGUACUUUCUACAUGAACAGAAGCGAUUUGAAGAGAUCAUACCUGCGUUCUACGCUAGCAGUGAGGUGCCGUUCGAGCAACGAUCCUCAGAUUCUUCAACGGCUACGAAGAGGUGUUUCCUUGGGCUGUGUGAGGAUGGCACUUUCGAUUUUAAAUUCCUGUUCCAGGGGCUCCUCAUUCUGCAGAACUAUUCACUCAUUACCCUUGACCCGGAAUGGGAACGACGAACACUGUCUAUGCACAGCCUUGUGCACUCCUGGGCCAGGGAUCGCAUGACACCGAUCACCUUCAAAAUCUAUCACCAGGUAGCGCGCAGUAUACUUUUUGGCUCAGUCUUUACCCCCACUCACACGUUACAAGGCCGAAUGUUACCACACCUUGUCCCUCAUAUGAGGGCUGUGCAGGCGUACGGUGCGGAAUACCAUGAUGAUAUUGACUUCGCUCGGAAAUCGGAGAUGGAUAGGAAAUUUGCCAUGGCUCUCAAUCGAGCCGGGCAGUGGGAAGAGUGUGCGGUUGUCCUUGAUCAGAUCCUCGAGGAACGCAUCUAUGAAUUUGGCAGAGACGACCCUCGCACGCUCGAAGUGAUGGUUCAGCUCGGAAGGUUGUACAUCGCGCUCGCCAAAUGGGAUAAGGCGCUGCCUACCCUUCUCGAAACCGCUGAGAGAUUGGAGGUGUCUGAUGAUCCGGCCAAUGCUAAAAUCGCGCAUUACCGAGUCUGCCUAGACAUUGCUACUCUAUACCUCUACCACAUGGUAUUCCCGUCAGCCCACGGAAUAGUUAACCUUGUUCUCAGAUGGCAGAGUGAUGGUUCAGCAUGGUACCUCAACGCCAAACAGAGAGAAUCAUUAAUCUACCAGUAUGAGCUGAGAUGGGAGGAUGCGGAGAUAGUUGCUGAGGAGGUGUAUGAAGGCCGGAUGAAGCGUAACCCAAAAUCCUACAAGACUCUUCGAAUGUUCCGCGAGCUAUGCUUCAUCCGGAUACAGCUCGGUCGUGCGAGCGCGAUGGAACAGCCUCUCACGCAACUCGCCGAGGAGUUUGAGGCCACCUAUGGUGCUGCCCAUAUUGAAGCUUUGUUCGCGAGGUGCGACUUAGGCUGGGCCUACUUCAAGCAGGGUAAAUUCAAGGAAGCACAGGAGACGUUGGCUAAAGUUCUGGCCAUUGCAAGGGCAACCCUAGGAGAUCGGAGCAUGUUCACGCCGACAAUCCUUUUCAGGCUUGCGCUAACCACGGUAAAGUUGGGUGACGGCGAUCAUGCGAGGGUUUUGAUGAGAGAGUGCUAUCAGUGGCGCCAAAGAGUGUUGUCAAUGGAACACUUUGUGACAAUAGGAACUGCUGCAUGGCUGGUGACCAUUCUCGAGGAAUUGAACAGAGAACGCCGGGUUAGAUUCCCGCAUCUACCACCUCCUAGCAAGGAAGAAGAAGAAGAGGCAAGAAAUCACGAAGAACAGGUUGGAAAAUACCGGCCGUAUGCAGAGUUGCCGUAUACCUUCACCUUCUAA